GUGUGUGUGUCUGGGGGCGGGACUCUGGCAGUUUCUGAGGAGAGGAGGUGGGAAAGAGACUGAAAUCCAGGCCGCGGCUGUAGCUCCAGCAAUCCGGGGCCUCAGUGAACCAGUGACGGGGAAACAUUGAAUUACAUACCGCGGCUCCGGGCCUCAGAGACCGAGAGACUUAUUAACGUCGACAUCCGGGAUAUGACAGUUUUACAGCUAGAUUUUGGGCCACUGAAGGAGCCAAUCGGAUUCAUUAAAUUGCUGGAAUGGAUAUUUGCAAUUUUUGGAUUUGCAACAUGCGGGAGAUUCAGUGGGGAGACGGCAGUCAGCAUGCGCUGCAAAGCCAGCAACAACACUGUGACAUAUUCUGCUGCCUUCCAUUAUCCAUUCAGGUUAAACACGGUUAUCCUGGUCCAACAGAAUACAUGUAAUCAAACCAUGAACACGUACCUGACGGGAGAUAUGUCAUCCUCGGCAGAGUUUUUUGUCACCGUGGCAGUCUUUGCCUUUCUCUACUGUCUGGCGGCCCUGGUGCUGUAUGUCGGCUACCUGCACGUGUACCGUGAUGGCAACCGCGGCCCAAUAAUUGACUUUGUUGUGACGGUGAUCUUUGCCUUUCUGUGGCUGGUCUGUUCGUCAGCCUGGGGAAAAGGCCUGAGUGAUGUGAAGUACUCAACAGAUCCUGAAGUCCUUAAAAACAUUGUCGACGCUUGUCAACUUGGAUUUGCGACCUGCUCAGCGGGUAGCGUGUCCGGAAUGGGAAGCCUUAAUGUUUCUGUGGUCUUUGGCUUCCUCAACCUGAUCCUGUGGUGUGGAAAUGCAUGGUUUGUAUAUAAGGAGACUAGUUGGCACACUACUCCAGAGCCUUCUGUGCCGAAUCCAGGGAAUGUGCCACCUCAGAAUCCAUAGGGAUUCAGUUUGGGCAUGAUGUCGGCCUUUCACUAAAACAGGCAAUAGAAAUCACAUUACACAUAACACUGCAUUAGCUUGUUGUACAUUUUGUCUUGCUGAACAUAUUUUUGUUGUGGAAUGAGAUGAAACAGAUUGAUGAUUUUUUAACCAAUUGUGUGGGUUCUCGAUUCAGUGCUGGCAAUGAUCUUUGCAUGUAGAUCUGUGUCACUGUAGAGCCCUGUACAAUAUGAUGUUUAUUUGCAUUGUUGCUGUGGUGAUUAGUAAAUGGAUCCCUAAAAUUGCCUUCAACUGCACUUGACCACAAAUGAGCCACAAAUGAGCAAGUCAGGCAGGAAUUAUUCCCACUGGGUUAAGCCGUAUCCCUCGCGGGAUGUGUGACAGAGUCAAACUUCAUCAGUUACCCCAACUCUGGAUUGCCAAAGCCUUGGAUCUUGGCUGGCUCUUGCCAACCUGGCCAAGUACCUUCUGGGAUUAGGUAAUCCAGGUGGAUGGAAUGAAUGCACACUCCCUCCCUGCCCCUUUACGGAGGCAGGGAGAG